UUCUGCAAGCAAACUUGUUGGAGUCUUCUCUCUAUCUGCAACAACUAACAAUCAUCAAUUUUGUAAGAAAUACUUUUUCACUUCUCCUUCUUAGUGUAAGCAUUUAGCUUAAAGAUGUGUAUGCAGACUUAGGCAGAGAAUGAACAAAGAAGCCCAAUUGGUUUAAAAGUUUUAAUCUUUGAUGAAAAUGGAUUUGGUUCUUUAUUUACAUGUGUUAGACAAAAUGUUUACUUCAGAGUUAUGGGAGGUUUAGGCUAAAAAAGAUGCCCAACUAGUCUAAAGUUUUAAUCUUUGAUGAAAGGCUGAUUUGGGUCUAAUUGAAGCAUGCAUGUUAGGUGUUUGACAAAAUGUUUACUUCAGAGUUCACACAGGGUUAGGCAAAAAAGAUGACCAAUUGGUCUCAAGUUUUAAUCUUUGGAUGAAAGGUGGAUUUGGUUCUUUAUUAUUUAUUGUUUGUUCAGGCGAACUAUGAAAUACAUGUUACCUUCCACUAGCAACAGGUACCAAGUAACUUUGUCCACCAAGAUUAGGAGAAGUCAUCUAGUGCCUUUUGUCUCUGAGGGGAUUUGAUAUUGAGACGUCAUGGUUCUCAACUCAUUUUACCGACCACUAGACUACACCCUUGGGUGUUGGUUCUUUGUUAAUACAUUCAUGUUUAGGUGUUAGUCAAAAUGUUUACUUCAGAGUUCAGACAGGCUUAGGCAGAGAGUGAAUAAAGAUGCCUCAAUUGGUCUAAAAUUUUAAUCUUUGAUGAAAAUGGAUUUGGUUCUUUAUAUUAAUACAUUCACAUUAGGUGUUAGACAAAAUGUUUACUUCAGAGUUCAGGCUUAGGCAAUAAAGAUGACCAAUUGUUCUUAAAGUUUUAAUCUUUGAUGAAAGGUGGAUUUGGGUCUAAUUUUUUUUUACCCACCUUUUGUCUUUUGACUCACUUAUUAACUUGAACCCACAAUCUGUAGGUUGCUUAAGGUUGGACGUGGAGAGCACUUACCACCCGAGCAACCCCUUUUGUCAAUUUGGGUCUAAUUAAAACAUGCAUGUUUGAUAAAAUGUUUACUUCAGAGUACAGACAUGCCUAGGCAGAGAGUGAUCAAAGAUUCCCAAUUGGUCUAAAGUUUUAAUCUUUGAUGAAAGGUGGAUUUGUUUAUGAAAAACCCUUGGCAAAACAAAUAACAAGUGGAAGAGUAAAUAGCUUUCAUGUAUUCCCUUUUUUCUUCUAUAUUUGAAGUUUCUCUGGUAUAGAUCCCUAGCAAUUAGUUUAGGAUUGAGGCGUAGAAGUUGUAGUUGUUGUUGAAAGUCGCUCUUGUAUCAGUUUAUCACCUUCUGAAGAUUGAUUGAAAGAGAAUGCUCCUAACUCUCUGUGUAUCAAUGUCUUUGCCACCCUCUUUUUAUAAUGUAGCCUCCUAACUUUUUUUGCAUCGAUAUCCUUACCACCCUCUUUCUGAAAGGUAAUUAAAUUUGAGGGCUUGAUUUACAAGCUCAACUGAUUCUACUAGUUAGAAAGAAAAACAAUUAGUAGGGGGUAACCACAACUUUUGAAUUAAGGAACAAUCGGACUAAAAAUUGGAGGAAGCAAUAAAUAUAAUUAGAUCUUGUUUUUCCUUUCCCUUGUAGGCAUCCGUUUCUUCUGGUUUUCUAAUUUUGCACCGGGCCACCUUGAGUCUUCCUCUUUAAAAUUCCAUAGGAAUUAUAUUAUUGUUACUCCAUCUUUGCAUGAACUCUUUCAUGGUAUGGGUAUCAUAUGUGAAAGUAAAAACCUGUGCAAAUGUAAACAUGAAUGGUGUUUAAAAAGAGAAUUUUUCAUCUGUGAAUUCAGGACAGUCAUCUCGAAAAGUUUGGCUUUGAUUAGUCUGCAGAACAGAAGUCAGAUUUCCCAUAUGUGCAUGUUGUUAUGUUCGAAAAAAUGUUUCAGAGAGGAAGAUUGUGCUCUUCAUCUGUAGGAAGGUUUACCUAGCAUUAGUAUGACUAUCUCCGUAACGAUACUUUUAGUCUCGAGCUCGUUUGAGCAAAUCCCUCUCCUAUUGGAGCUAAAAUAGUAAGCCAAUGAUAAAAAAAAAUUCUAGGUUAUUGAGUUUCUUGAUACUUCUUAAUGUUUUAGGUUACUCAAGCAUGGUUCAUCGAGCUUAGUCUAGUUGUUUUCUGUUUUAUAUGAGCUUUUGAGUUUAGUAAACAGUUUUACUGAUUAUUGUUGUUACUAUUAUUCGCCUAUGUUUUUUAUCAUUGCUGCACCCGUGUGUAACUUUUUGUUGUCUCCAGUUCAGUAGGCGGUCUUGUUUGAAUAUAAUGAAAGUACAAAAAUAAUGAAGUGGCUAUCAAGGCUAUUAGCAAGUAAAGAAGUAAGAGCCUGAUGAUCGAAAAAAAUGAGAAUGCUUUCACAUCACUUCAGCUCCAAGGACUUCUUGGCUCUGGUAAUGUGUUCUUCCACUUGGCUAUCAAAGGUCGAGCCACUUUCUGCCUGGUACAAGUUUAAAUCCCAUUAUCACACACAACAGCCAGAGCAAGAUAGAAAAAGAAGACAAGAAGAUGAAGAACAUAAACAAAACAUGAACCAGGGACCAUCUAUUGGCUCUCCAGCUCGAGUCCAGAAGCUUAUUGCUUCCCAAUCAGAUCCACUCCUUGCUAAAGAAAUUUUUGAUUUAGCCUCACGAGAACCCGAUUUUCAGCAUUCCUAUGCCACUUUCCACACUCUCAUCCUCAAGCUUGGCCGUUCCCGGCAGUUCUCCCUCAUGCAGUCCGUCCUCUCUUCUCUAAAGUCACAGCAUUAUUCCAUCUCCCCAUCCCUUUUUUCGCACAUCAUCCAAAUCUAUGGUGAUGCUGGCCUACCUGACAAAGCCCUUAAAACUUUCUAUACUAUCCUGGAAUUCAAUAUGAAGCCCCUUCCGAAGCAUCUCAACCUCAUUCUUGAAAUCCUCGUAACUCAUCGGAACUUUCUUCGCCCUGCUUUUGAUCUCUUCAGAUCUGCACAUACAUACGGAGUUUUGGCCAAUACCGAGUCCUACAACAUUCUAAUGCGGGCAUUCUGUUUGAAUGAUGAUUUAAGUAUUGCCUACUCGCUGUUUAAUCAAAUGUUUAAGAGAGAGAUCAGUCCUAAUGUAGAGUCAUAUAGGAUUCUGAUGCAGGGUUUGUGUCGAAAAAGUCAAGUGAAUACAGCUGUUGACUUGCUGGAGGAUAUGCUGAAUAAAGGUUUUGUUCCCGAUGCUUUAAGUUAUAGCACUCUGUUGAAUAGCUUGUGUCGGAAAAAGAAAUUUAAGGAGGCUUACAAGCUUCUUUGCAGAAUGAAAGUAAAGGGUUGCAAUCCUGACAUUGUCCAUUACAAUACAGUAAUUCUGGGGUUCUGUCGAGAAGGUCGUGCUUCUGAUGCCUGUAAAAUCCUCGAGGACAUGCCAUCAAACGGGUGUCUUCCCAAUUUGGUGUCUUAUAGGACAUUAGUUAGGGGUCUAAGUGAUCAGGGAAUGUACGAUGAGGCUAAGAAUUACAUGGUGGUAAUGAUGUCAAAAGGCUUCUCUCCACAUUUUUCUGUGGUUCACGCGGUUGUGAAAGGUUUCUGUAACCUAGGUAAAAUUGAGGAAGCUUGUGGGGUAGCGGGGAGUAUUUUGAGUCACGGUGAACCCCUACAUGCAGAUACAUGGGAAGAAAUUGUAUCCAGGAUCUUGGAAUGGGAUGCUGCUGAAAAAAUAGGGAAUACCUUGGUGGAACUUACUCAAGCUGAGAUAAAACCUGAAACGAGAAUAGUUGAGGCUGGUGCUAGGUUGGGUGAAUAUUUGAUGAACAGCAUAAAAAGUAAAUCAAGGAAGGGUUGAUCAUUUCAUAGGACAAGAAUAGGUACUGCUAAGCUGCACGAAAAGGAUGUUUACCUUGGAAACUAGCAAAUACACAUGAAACCUGAUACUGGUUAAUACAACCCCGAAAAGGACUCUAUUUUCAGAAGGUAAAUUUGAGUUUAUCUUGCUAGCUCGUCAGGCCAGUUCAUUGACAUGGUUGUUUUAGCAAGUGCCUUUUUCAGGUUUGCACUAAAUUUUUUUGCGGUGUAAGAGUUGUUGGUUCAAUAGACUUGACGAAUCACGUUGAAGUUCUGAAUGUUAUGAAUAAGAGUGGAGCAACUUUGACAGAAGCAGAAAUGCAGAGACAUGAGUAAUUUACUGAAGCUAUCAUUUUCAAUGUCAAGUUAGGUUGGUUUAGUGUCUAUCAGUCUACUGAAGCAGCUUCUAUUGGUAGUUUGGUACUAUGUUAUCAGCAGUCACAGGAAGGAUUCAUCAUCUAUUAUAUAUGCAUUAAAGAAUAAUUUUUUUUGUAUAUACAAUGUAAUUUUCUUGCGAAUAGGGUUCAGAUGAACCCUCUUAGCUUUGCCCUUGAUUAUCAAUACCUUAUUCAUCAACUCUUAUUGGCCUA